CUUUGUUCAUCAAGCUCAGCUAACAAUCUCUCCCCCUUCUCUCUCGCUUCAGCUAUUCAUCAAUGGCGUCUAAGAGAACCCUAAUUCAGCGAUUCUUCAACAUUUCCAAAAUUUCAAAUCCAGCCCUAGCAAACUGUCGAAUUUCAACGGCCGCACAAGCUCUGAAUCCCCCGAAUCGGGCCAAGGUGGAGCCGGAUCCCGGAGACAAUGGGGUUUUCCGGUGGUUCCUUCAACGGCGGCCGAUAUAUCAGUCGGCGGCGAAGGCUCCGGAGCUGAGGUCGCUGCCAAUAGGGGAGAAACUGUUGGAGCAGUUACGGUCUAUAGACAUUGCAAGAGGUCGAAUUCGAUUGGAGGGGCUGAGUCCGCCGGAGACGAGGUCGGAGGGGAAAUUGACGGUGGAGGACGCGAGGAAGCUGCUGAGAGUGUCGCAGUUGGAGAUGGUGAAGUCGAAACUGAGAUCAACACCGAAGAGCUGUGUAUCGUAUCCAGAGUUCCUUCAGAUCUGUGAAGAAGGUUGUUCGAAUACGGAUCAGGGCCUAGAGUUUGCGAAGAUGCUCGAUGAGUCAGGGACCGUCUUAGUGUUGGGAAAUGUUGUGUUCCUCAGGCCUGACCAGGUAAUGAGAGCCAUCCAAGGCCUAAUGCCUGCACCGGUAGCCCACCCGAGUGACCCAAGGAUGAUGACGGAACUCGAAGAAAUGGAGAAGCAGAAGUCCGCCAUUGACAGAAAGGCAGAAUCCCUGGUUCGCCGGGAACUCUGGUGCGGGUUGGGCUACCUUGUUAUUCAGACGGCAGCCUUCAUGAGGCUGACAUUUUGGGAACUGUCAUGGGAUGUCAUGGAGCCCAUUUGCUUCUAUGUCACCUCCGUGUACUUCAUGGCGGGCUACACAUUCUUCUUGAGGACAUCCACAGAGCCUUCUUUCGAAGGGUUUUUCAACAGCCGGUUUAAGACGAAACAGAAACGGCUUAUGAAGAUUCACAAUUUUGAUAUUGGGAGGUACAACGAGAUGAAGAAAGCUUGUUAUCCUCACGCUCCAUCACCACCAGAACAACAGGGCUUGUCGGAAAUUCCAUCCUAUGUUUCGGAAAGACCAUCCGAACUUGGUGGUGUUUUGAAUUGAGAAUGUAUGAGAAAGAAUCAUCUUAGAUAACAGAGAUCAUGAACCAUGAUUUCAAAUUUUCCCCUUCGUGGACUCAAUCCUUCAUAAUAUGUUGUACUCUUGUUGCGGCUUCCUGUAUCAUAAUUUUGAGAGCUUAUUAUUGGUUUAGAAAGAAAUAUUAUACAUCUUUCUAAACAUCAUUUUGCUUCCAAUUUGUCUUAUGAAUUUUAUUUGGUUAGUAAAUUGUAUUAAUGAAUUUAUGAUAUACUACUACGUGUUUGUGAUUA